CCGACUGGUCCUUCCAUGUCUCACUCCCACUAAGCGUAUGGCACAAACCCCACAGGCUCGGACUAGUGUAGCGAGCUUCCUCCACAUGGGUGUGGGGAGCGCUGCAAGCUGCCUGUCCCCUGCUUACCAUGCGGGCGCGAACCCGCCAAUGCUGCCACACGAUUUAUUUCUUGCGCGUGAAGUGAAGCCCGCCCCGUUCUCGAAGUCAUCUCGCCUCAGUUACAACUUCCACCUAAUCAGACCGUGACGACCAAAGGACGACGACGGCAGCGACUGAGUUUCAUCCAGCCCUGACUGUGAGAGUCAGACCCGAUCCAAGCCACCGAGCGCAAAAUGACUGCUUGAAAGCAUCUCACAGCAGAGGAACUGUGGUAGAAGCACCCUCGUCCGAUGGAGUGGGACAAAAGCUUAUUCCGAGGUGAUGUCGAAGCGUCAGUGUUGGACCUCCAUGCAGCUCGAAUCAAUUCUCAGAUCGACAAUCCGCAUCCGAAGUUCGAUCAUCGUGUAGUCUCCAUUGCACAUUGCGUCCCAUCGACAGGUUACAGUCGCCUUGCCUGGGAUCAUGGCUGCUGCCAGCUUCGGACUUCUGAGCAAUCGAGCUGUGUGCACCCUCUACGCGCUGUCUCGAACCGCUGUCCACGUGCAUCACAACAUGCUGUCACUAACUCGGGCUCUGUCGGUUUACACUCGAGUCCUGCAUCAAUUCCGUGCUGUGAAAUACCCUAUAUCCGGACGAUGAACCUGGUGCUGUGGAAGGGCGCUGUACAUGAGGAUCCAAAUGCCAAGGGCGAAUCCAAGUCCCAGGUUCUCUCGGUCGAACGCACCCAGUCAUUCACCCUGCGUUUGGCGCUUCGUCUUCGUCUGAUCGGGUAGUAUCCGUGAAGAACCUAACGGCAAUGCGUGGGACUUCCAUCCCCGGCGGCAGCUUCCCAAGUUCCUGAACGCUCGCUUUCCCCUUCGCCUAAAGCGGGUUGAGAAAACCAUAGGGCUAGAACGACAGGCAAAUUCUUGAUUGGCGGGCGGCAACGAGAUCUAUGCUCCUCUAGACACGGGUACUUAAGACCCAUCUCAACGCAGCCAUAGUUCCCAGUGAAGAAUCACGUUCCGCUCUUUCUACAUCUUCAUGGGAGAUGUGCCUUUAGAUGAAAUAGGGGUGAGUUCUUCGAUCAUCAGGUCAGUGGCGGCGGUGGUGACGAGAAACCGCAUUCAGCUCGUCUCCCUAAUAAUCGAGACGUUUCUGCUGGGCAUAUUCACCACGAUGUUCGCGACCGUUCUGCGGCUCAUCGUCUCCAAAGCCAUUUCCAACCAAAAAACAGUGAGAAUUGUCUUGCCAACUAUAUCGCUUAUAUGGUUGCUUGCGAUAUCACACUGGAUAUUAGACAUCCUACGCGCCGAGACGGCAUUCCUGCAUCAACCGAAUGCUGCUGUGUUUUUCGCAAACAUCUCCUCUCCAGUCGAAGUCGCGAAGGUUGGACUGUAUGUCACCGCCACGAUCAUUGGUGACGGGUUCAUGAUUUACCGCACUUACAUGAUCUGGCAAAGGUCACUCCGCUUCGUAGCUCUUCCCAUUGUUCUGUGGAUUGCUUCGAUCGUAUCUGGAUACGGCGGGACAAAUGCGCUGUACGAGACAAAACAAGGGACACAACUGUCGCCCCUGGUGCCUUGGAUUCCAACUUUCAUCGCCCUCUCGUUGGCCACCAAUGGGUAUUGCACCAUACUCAUUGCCUACCGCAUCCUCCGGUCUCAGUUUGCCGUUCGCAAGAUGAAUGCUGGGAACAGUCGGAUGAUGUCGAUCGUGGUCGUAUUCCUCGAGUCCGCUGCGCUGUAUUCCGCGGAACUGAUAGCCCUGCUCGUCACCCAUCAGCUCGAGCUCAAUGUGCAAUAUGUCGUGCUUGAUGCGACAUGCAGUUUGCUUGGGAUCACAUUCAGCAUGAUCAUUCUCCCUGUUACGGGCGCUGCGCGGGGCUCGGAGAUCAGCGGCAGCCGCCCUGUGCGCGCGGCGGCGCCGCGGAUAGAGGGCGUGAAUGUAUCGAGAUUAGUCGAGGUGACGACGGACAAUGUGCAUGAGAUGGACUCUUUUGAUCCCGUAAAGAUCGACGCGAAUGCGUAGCUCUGGUGUAGCAGAUUCUGUACAGGUGUGUAGAUUGUGCUUGGAUCUAUCGUCAUUAUUUAUUACCACAAGCUGGGAGGUAUGGAUGACUUCGAGUUUCGUUUAGAUUUAACUGCAGGAGAC